UCGAGGGUAACUUUUAUUUCCGCUAAAAGUUUUUGGUUUUUGGGUAUACCAACCAUUCACCCCCCCUCUGAUUGGCUUAGUUCUUAUGAUUCGAUCCUAUAAGUGGAACAGUGAUCAUCCAAAACCACUCGUAUGCAACACGCCAGAAGAGAAGAGGAGAGAAUCAAUUGUCCAUUGGAUUAUCGCAGCUGCAAUCAGUGAACACGAUCGAUCAAACUGAAUAGAGAAAAAGAUUACCGGAAAGUCGAAAUGCACACGGUUACGUUACGUGCCAAGCUUGGUAGCUCCCCAGAUGUCGUGGUCAGCGUACAAGAGUGCAAUUAGAUCGUGCCAUUUCAGCUGCUAGAGUGCCACUCCGAGUCGGGCUCUGCACAAAACAAAAGGAAGAAUCUGUUCUGAUCCAGGUGGAGACAGCGACGUGAGGAGGAGAAUUACUCGAAGUCAAAAGCAGUAACCAUGACAAGCAGCGACGAGAAAGAGAGGAAGGAGAGCUCUCGAGAGGAAAGGGAAGAAACGAAGAAUCAAGAAUCAGCUCCACCUCCCGUGCCACCGUAUCCAUCCACCCAAAGCCCCGGCCUUUUCAUCUUGUCCCCCUCUUUUUUUUUCCCUGCCUUUUCGUCUUCGUCUUCCUCUAGCCUCACUCAGCAUCUCCGUUGCACCGGCCAAGAAUUCCACGCAGAGCUGGCCGGCGGCGACGGUGGACUCGCCGAGGAAGCAAGGAUGUCAUGAGCCGGCGGUGUGAAGGCGCCGCCGGGGGAUGGAGAACCGGGAGAGGGCGGGGGCCGGCGCCGUCGGGAGCGCCGGCAGCCUCGGCCUCCGCGUCGGGCAGGCCGUCUUCUCGUCGGCGUCCCUGCUGUUCAUGUCCGUCGGCGUCGAGUUCUUCAGCUAUACUGCCUUCUGCUUCCUAGUUACAAUAAUGGGCUUGGUGAUCCCCUGGAGCUGUACACUCGCCAUGAUCGACGUGUACUCCAUACUUGUAGGGUGCCCUCUUCGGGUACCAGGUGUCAUGGUCAUUGUCGUCAUCGGAGACUGGGUCCUGGCAAUACUUUCACUAGCAGCUGCCAGCUCAAGUGCGGCGGUCAUCGAUCUUCUGCUCCAAUUCCAUGGAUCUCACUGCUCUCCCAGAUUCUGUGGGAGGUAUCAGCUGUCGGCGAUGAUGGCUUUCUUGUCCUGGUUCCUAACGGCCGCUUCCUCACUCUUCAACCUCUGGUUCAUCGCCUCCCGGUGACCACUGCUGAUUGCUGAUUCUGGAUUACGCCCUAACUCCAGUAUGACUCCACAAUCAGUCAUGGAUUUGGAUACCGUAUGUGCAUAGCACUAUAGCUUGGAAAGUCUAUUUAUUUUGUAAUUUUAGUCAUUGUGGGUCUGAAUGAAGAGUGGUGAAGUUACACUCCACAUGAAUACAUGAUCAUCAAUUUCUGAACCUACCACAAAUCCACAAUGCAGUUCUUGUCCAUCUAUGUUAA